AAGAGCAUGAUAACCAUCUAGUAAAAACAGAAUACCAAAUUGCAGAAUUCACUAUUUGUAUUAAUAAAUUAUUUUAAUAGGUUACUAUUAUCUCUAUAUAUAUGAUCAAAUACAACAUGAGUACUAGAAUAUAGGGAGAAAGGAGGUAGAAGAUACCAAUGUAGAAUAUAACAACUAGCUUAACUAACAAAAUAUAAAAAAUUCCGACAAAAUGCUCAUCUGACGUUCUCUGACUUCUUGAUUGCUUACAACCACCCAGUAAGAUAACGAAAAUGGCAGACAGCAAUGACUACAACAAUCCAACGAAUGAGGAGCCAACAUUUGAGGAGGAUGACGAAGAUAAGGAAAUUGCAGCAAUGAAGGAACGGGUUAAGCAAAUGGAAGAAGAAGCAGCCAGAUUGCGUGAAGUACAAGAGAACGUCGAACAAAAGCCAGAGGAAGACCAACAACAACAACCACAACAACUAGAAUCACAAGAACAGUCGACAUUCGAGGGACAAGACGCAGAAAUGAUGCAGGAAUCGAGCGAAGAUGUCGACGGUAGAUCAGUUUACGUUGGUAACGUCGAUUACAGCGCAACUCCAGAGGAUUUACAAAAACACUUUGCUGCAUGUGGUACAAUAAACCGCGUUACAAUCUUAUGUGAUAAAUUCACUGGUCAUCCAAAAGGAUACGCAUAUAUCGAAUUCGCAGAGCCAUCAUUAGUUGAGAACGCAUCUGCACUUAAUGAGAGUUUAUUCAAGGGUAGAUUAAUAAAAGUUGUUGCAAAGAGAAAGAAUGUGCCUUUCUUCGCUCUGAAACGCGCCAGAGGUAGAGGUAGAGGAAGAGGCGGAUUCCGCGGUAGACCAUACCGUGGUAGAGGACGUGGAUCAUUCUAUUAGCUUUGGUUGAUUGUAUAAUGAAAUAUUUAUUCUGUAGUCAAAACAAAUGAAUCAAUAGAUUUAUGCGUAGAUUUCAUCUUAUCAUGCUGUGCGAUUUCGGAUGCUGAUUGGAAUAUACCCUGUCCCCAUCCCAUUCUGAAUGUGUUGGCCUCACUGACGACUUCGACGAUUUCACUUUCGAGUUCCUUUUCUGCAGCUUGAAUUUGUUGGAGAAGCUGGUCACCGACUUGUCCUCUCUGUAUGAGAGUAACUAAUGCAACCUUGUCAUCCCUCAUCUUCCAUAUUCUCUUGACAUCCUCGACUGCUCUACGGAUCAAUGCACACUUUAAGACUAUUUCCUCUGUGUUCUCUUGUUGUAGGAGUGUAAUAUAUACAGAUCUCUCGAUGUGUGGUUCAAACCAGCUGUCAGAGAUGAGAUCGAUUGAGGAUUUUACUUUAGAAUUUCUAUAGAUUUUACUGAAUAAAGACAAAGGUACUAUCAGCAAAACUAAAUAAAUAAUUGGUAUCAAUAUUGAGUUCAUCCUCUGUAAAGAAUAACUAUAAUUAUGACAAGAAUUAUAGUAGAGCUAUCAUUAAAUAUCUGGUUUAUAUUCCCCAAGGACGUCGACGCGAAAACUCAACUAUGUCACUGGAAUGUGUGUCAUAUUUGAGUUACUACUAUCUUCGGUAUGUAGGCCAUUCUUGAACAGAAACACCAACGAUGGCUCCAACGAUAGAGAAUACACAGGAGGAAGACCAUAGCCCCCACUCGUCCGACGACAGCAGCGCCAUAUACAGCAAAAGACAACUCAGCAAUCUUCCAGUAGGAAAUGGAGAAAGGGGUGGCAAUGCAAAUUCACCAUUUGAUGAUUUACCUGUAGAAAUAGACUUAAGCAUCUUGAAAGACCCACCACCCGAUCCACUCACCCCGGAUUCUAAAUUCUGCAUAGCCCUACUCAGUCUAGGUCCCCCACUAGGCAGGCAGUACAUUGAAUGCCUGGAAACGCCUUCUACUCCUCAAGUCGCCGCUUCUG